AUGCCACGCUCUCGCUCUCUCUGUCCCGCUUGCUCACCUAUAGAUGACGAGGUUGCCGGAGUGCGAGGCGACUACAAGAAGCGCGCGCCCCUGCACGUUGAGGUAGGCCAGCGCGGUGAUGCGUCCCCACGACCGAUGCCACGCUCUCGCUCUCUCUGUCUCGCUUGCUCACCUAUAAAUGGCGAGGUUGCCGGAGUGCGAGGCGACUACAAGAAGCGCGCGCCCCUGCACGUUGAGGUAGGCCAGCGCGGUGAUGCGUCCCCACGACCGAUGCCACGCUCUCGCUCUCUCUGUCCCGCUUGCUCACCUAUAGACGGCGAGGUUGCCGGAGUACGAGUCGACUGCAAGCAGCGCGCGCUCGUGCGCGUUGAGGUAGGCCAGCGCGGUGAUGCGUCCCCACGACCGAUGCCACGCUCUCGCUCUCUCUGUCCCGCUUGCUCACCUAUAGAUGGCGAGGUUGCCGGAGUGCGAGGCGACUACAAGAAGCGCGCGCUCCUGCACGUUGAGGUAGGCCAGCGAGGUGAUGCGUCCCCACGACCGAUGCCACGCUCUCGCUCUCUCUGUCCCGCUUGCUCACCUAUAGAUGGCGAGGUUGCCGGAGUACGAGGCGACUGCAAGCAGCGCGCGCUCGUGCGCGUUGAGGUAGGCCAGCGCGGUGAUGCGUCCCCACGACCGAUGCCACGCUCUCGCUCUCUCUGUCCCGCUUGCUCACCUAUAGAUGGCGAGGUAGCCGGAGUGCGAGGCGACUGCGAGCAGCGCGCGCUCGUGCGCGUUGAGGUAGGCCAGCGCGGUGAUGCGUCCCCACGACCAACGCCACUCUCUCGCUCUCUCUGUCUCGCUUGCUCACCUGUAGAUGGCGAGGUUGCCGGAGUGCGAGGCGACUGCGAGCAGCGCGCGCUCGUGCGCGUUGAGGUAGGCCAGCGCGGUGAUGCGUCCCCACGACCAACGCCACUCUCUCGCUCUCUCUGUCUCGCUUGCUCACCUGUAGAUGGCGAGGUUGCCGGAGUGCGAGGCGACUGCGAGCAGCGCGCGCUCGUGCGCGUUGAGGUAGGCCAGCGCGGUGAUGCGUCCCCACGACCGAUGCCACGCUCUCGCUCUCUCUGUCCCGCUUGCUCACCUAUAGAUGGCGAGGUUGCCGGAGUGCGAGGCGACUGCAAGCAGCGCGCGCUCGUGCGCGUUGAGGUAGGCCAGCGCGGUGAUGCGUCCCCACGACCGAUGCCACGCUCUCGCUCUGUCUGUCCCGCUUGCUCACCUAUAGAUGGCGAGGUUGCCGGAGUGCGAGGCGACUGCGAGCAGCGCGCGCUCGUGCGCGUUGAGGUAGGCCAACGCGGUGAUGCGUCCCCACGACCGACGCCACGCGCCUGCACAGAUUUUCGCCGCCGUGCCCCAGUCCCAGAUCCUGAAAUUUCACACUUCAAAAUUUAUCCCUCACCAACUCAUUUUUUAUAUCUACCUACAAUAGUAUAG